AUGGUUACAGGCACCUUGAUGGCCCCCGGUGUCCUGUACCGCGUGAUAUACGGCACUCACGACCCUGAACCGUGGCAGAAAUCUCUCUUGACCGUCAGGCCAGCUAUACUCCAAUCGUACCGCCGCCACCGGGUGCGCAAGGCCGACUACCCGGCAGUUCUCCCGCACGAGGGUUCCUGCGUGCGCGGCUCUGUCGUCUCCGGCCUCACGGAGGGCGACCUCUACCGGCUGGACAUCUUCGAGGGAGACCAGUACAGUCGGCAGAAGGUCAAGGUGCAGGUGCUGAAGGACGUGGGUCUUGACCAGGCGGCCGAGGAGGGCAAGACGGAAGUCGUUGAGGAGGUCGAGGCCGGGACAUAUGUGUGGGAGGAGGGAAUUGAUACCUUGGAGCCCGAAGAGUGGGAUUUUGAGGAGUUCAAGCGGGAUAAAAUGAAGGCUUGGAUGGGGCUGGCUGAGGACCAGCGGAACAGUGUAGAGGUUGAUGAGGGCUUCGCUGAUGUUGAUCGUGCAGUGGCAGAGCAGGAAACCCGCGAGAAACUCCAUGACCCUAUGGGUGGGCGAGGGGCGAAUGGUCAUAUCACGCAACAGCUGAAGGAUACGGCAGUCUAG